CUGUCUGUCAUAUUUGCUGCGUAUACGUUGGCAUGACACCUGUUACUCACGUGUUCUCAGUGUAAAAAGCAACGUAACAAGGUGCACGCUGACCGCUAACGCUCAGAAGCAUGACUUCAGGGGCAUGUAGCUAGCUAGCUAGCUCCAUAGUAGUGGGCAGACAUAAACAAACGGAAACCAGUGACGACGUUUGUGCUCUUUACGCAGAUGUGGAGCAGAAUAUUGGGCCCCAGUGUGAUUGGUAGGACAAGUAUUUCUUGGAGGAAUCUCUUUACCAUGCGACUAAAGACCAGCGACUUCCAGUCCCUGUUCUCCGAUGGACUGAAUGGAUUAGCAGAGGUAUUUGAGAAGAACCAGCAUGAGCUGAGGAUAGCUGGAGGCGCUGUACGGGACUUGCUGUCUGGGAAGCGGCCUGAAGAUGUGGACUUUGCUACUACAGCCACUCCAGAGGAGAUGAAGGACAUGUUCCAGUCUGCUGGGAUCAGAAUGAUCAACAACAAAGGAGAGAAGCACGGGACCAUUACUGCAAGAAUACACAACGAGAACUUUGAGGUGACCACGCUGAGAGUGGAUGUUCAGACAGAUGGACGUCAUGCAGAGGUGGAAUUCACCACCGACUGGCAGAAAGACGCUGAGCGGCGAGACCUCACCAUCAACUCCAUGUUUUUAGGUCUUGAUGGCACAUUAUACGACUAUUUCAAGGGAUACGAGGACCUGCAGAACAGUAAAGUGCGGUUUGUCGGCAGCGCGGAACAAAGGAUUCAAGAAGACUACCUGAGAAUACUGAGAUAUUUCAGGUUUUACGGCAGGGUGGCUUUGACACCUGAUGACCACGACCCGGAGACACUGACCGCCAUCAGGAAAAACGGCCGUGGACUGGCAGCGAUAUCAGGAGAACGAAUUUGGGGGGAACUGAAGAAGAUGGUGGUUGGUAGCCACGCUGGUGAUCUGUUGGAGCUGAUGUAUAGUCUGGAACUGGCCCAGUACAUAGGUUUACCUACAGAUGGCGACGUUGACGAGAUGAAGCGAGUGUGGCAGAACGCCAAAGACCACUCUCCCAAACCGAUGACCAUCCUGGCUGCUCUCUUCCACUGCCCAGAGGAGGUGGAAAAGAUGGACAUCAGACUGAAGGUGUCCCGGGAGGAGAAGAAUCUGGCUCAGUUCCUGGUCAAAAACAGACGGGAGCUCUGCAAGAGUGAAGAAGAGCGGGACAGCCUGAAACCUUUCACUGACUUUAUUAUUGACAGUCGGGAGCUGGAUUCCCAGAGCAAAGUGUGCGAGCUGCUCAAGUACCAAGGAGAGCACAAGCUGCUCUCAGAACUCUGCCAGUGGUCCAUCCCUCGCUUCCCCGUCAGCGGUAACGAUCUUAGGAAGAUGGGCGUCACGUCCGGCAAGGAGAUAGGCGCCACUUUACAGAAGCUCCGCGACAUCUGGAAGAAAAGUCAUUAUCAGAUGGACAAAGAUGAACUCCUGACUUAUUUAAAGCCUUAAAUGAGCAGAAAAUGUAUUUAUUCUGCUUUAGACUAAAAUACAACCUGGACAUUUGAUGUUGCUGUUGCACUGUCAUCAUUUGAGCAGCCUGAUGCUUAUUGUGAGACGUGAAUAACUGCUGAUGAAUGCCAUUUCAGCCUAAAUUACCCCGGGGCUGCUUUUGUUCAUUUGCAUUGCUGUGGAAAUGUGAAGAGAUUACACAGUGUGUCUCACAGCUGCCAUCAUACCACAAAAUGUGUACUGGAAGCAGCUUUCCCCACACAGCUCUGUGAUUUAUGGAAAUGUUAAAAUGGUUCAGAGAAUGUCAGUCUUAAGUUUUCUGACAUGUUCACUCUUUAGAUUGAUGUGAUGACGGAAGAAGAUGAAACAUGGAGGCAGAACUUAUGCAUUUAUAGUUUAUUUAAAUACCAGGGCAGCCGCACUAGAUGAGUUGUUUUCAUUGUUAAAACAAUCAGUUAAAGCAGAGAUAGAUUUUGUUUGGGGUUUGUCUUUUGCAUAACUGCAUUUGUGUUAUAUGGUUUGACUUUGUUUUCUAAAAAGACUCUAUA